GACGGGACGUUGUCGCGUUGUUGCAGUGUCGCCCUUGCAAAAACAAGCAAAAAGUGUAAAAAAAUGCGACAAUGCGACAAUGUUCCUUCUAGAAUUCCAUUGGGAACCGCUACAAGUGUAUAUGUAUAUGCUUUGAAUCAGGGCACCAGAAUUCCCGCUGUUUGAUUAAACUGCCAGUUGGGUUGUAUUUGGUCUUGGAAGAUAUACCAACACAACAUGACGAGCAUGAUGCUAACCUGGAUGCUGGUGCUGGUCCUGAGCUUCCAAGGCGUCUAUGCCGGACAGUACUGUAAAAGAUAUUACAGUACUUCCAGUUCCUACUACAAAACCUACUACUGCUCUGUUUACUGCUGUGGAAGCUUGUACACAGCUAAAUGCUGCACAGCCAAAACCAGCGUUUCGAUUACUGGUGUCACCGCCGGAUCUGUUGGAGGGAUCAUUGGCUUCUGCAUCUUUGUUGGCAUCAUCGUGUUCGUCAUCAAGGCCUGCAACAGGCCCAGCACCCAGGUUCACGUCCUUCAAACAUCCAGGGAAGGGCAUAUCGUACACAUGUGACUCCUCAUCUGAAAUACCUACUCAGUAGAGUUCCUAUUUACUCUAUAAAACUCUUAUAAUUCAUAAGAACUUGCAUGGCCUGAAUAUGUUAAAAAUAAUAUACACAUUAGAGUUCUUCUUCCUCAUAUUUUUCCGUCUAAAAGGUGUGUUUUGCAUGAUUGUAUUAUUUCCAUCUUACUUUUUUAUUUUUAACCGUCCAAACACAAUGUUCCUUUAUAGUUUUUUUUUAUGGGACAUAUUGAAAUUAUCUAUCCUUCUUUUGCAUACGAAUUGUGUUUUGUAGGUUAUACUUACGAAUAGCAAAAUAAAAAAUCAACAUGUGACUAGUG